CAUUUUUCCAGAUUCACUUUUUAAUAAGAUUUAAAUGCAUAGAAUGAAAUCAUAUGUGAGAAGAGAAAAUUAUUCUUGUAUUAUGACUGGACUUGCUGUUAUUGGCAUUGUUCUCUUAUGGAUCAGCAUGACUGCAUCAAGAAGUGAAAGCAGUUCUGAUGUCCCUACAUCAGCAGGGCACGCUGAGCUGCUCAGCAUGCACUCGUCACUACAGGAGAAAAUUUCUUCAAUAAAUCGGAUGCUCAAUGAAAACCCUGCCUUGAAAGGAACUCAAAGCUUAAAUGCUGGCAUUGAAAACGCCUUAACCAAGUUGAAAGAGCUGGAGUCCAGAUUUAAAGAUUUAGAAGUACAAGUGCCUAAAAAAUAUCCUGAUGUGCGUUUCCUCAACUACAAGGACAGGAAAAGAAUUCUUAUCACUGGUGGUGCAGGGUUUGUUGGUUCACAUUUGGUGGACAAGCUGCUUCUGGAAGGCCACGAGGUGAUUGCCGUUGACAACUUCUUCACUGGCCGCAAGCGAAACGUGGAGCACUGGAUCGGCCACCACAACUUUGAACUCAUUAACCAUGAUAUUGUGAACCCGCUCUUUAUUGAAGUAGAUCAGAUCUACCAUUUGGCAAGCCCGGCAUCGCCGCCCCACUACAUGUUCAACCCCGUGAAGACCAUCAAGACCAACACAGUGGGCACCAUCAACGUCUUGGGUCUGGCUAAGCGUGUGGGAGCUCGCGUGCUUCUUGCGAGCACAAGUGAAGUGUACGGUGACCCUGAAGUGCACCCGCAAACUGAGGCGUACUGGGGACACGUUAACCCCAUUGGUCCCCGCGCAUGCUACGAUGAGGCCAAGCGAGUAGCGGAGACGCUGGCGUUCGCAUACCUGCAGCAGGAAGGCGUGCCGGUGAGAAUAUCCCGGAUAUUCAACACGUACGGCCCCCGCAUGCACAUCAACGACGGCAGGGUUGUGUCCAACUUCAUACUACAGGCGCUGCAGGGGCAAGACAUCACCGUAUACGGCAACGGAGCGCAGACACGGUCGUUCCAGUUCGUGACAGACCUCGUGGACGGGCUGGUGCUGCUCAUGAACAGCAACUUCAGUCAGCCCGUCAACAUCGGCAACCCUGACGAACACACCAUCGAUGAGUUCGCGCAGAUCAUCCACGGGAUGGUGGGGGGCGGCAGCGGUGUGGUGCACAAGGCGGCCGUGGAAGAUGACCCGCGACGCCGCAAGCCUGACAUCACGCGCGCCAGGGAGCAGCUCGGCUGGCGGCCUCUG